AUGAAGUAUCCGUGGGGGAUCCCCGCGCUCGCUCUGCCGCUCCUGGGAAGUGUAAAUGUUGCAUCCGCCGCUCGUACGUCGUUAGUAUCCUUCUCCAGUGCGACCGUUGCCGACCGCGCUCCAGAAUGCACCAUCCACACCGUCGUCUCGGGCGACACGUGCUUCUCGAUCGCCAGUGCCGCGGGGCUGUCGACCGCCCAGCUGCAGGGAUUCAACCCGAACCUCAAUUGCGCGGCGCUGUCCAUAGGUCAGAAGAUAUGCAUAUCGUCUGGGACACCGCCCGCGCCGCCGCAACAGAAUCCUGAUGGCUCCUGCGCGACGUAUACCACGGUUCCGAACGACUCGUGCUCCGCGAUUGCGGCCAUGUUUUCGAUCACCACCGCCAACAUCGAAACUUGGAAUGCGAACACAUUCCAUUGGAAGGGCUGCGCUGCGCUGCAAGUGAACUAUACGAUGUGUGUCUCCACUGGAACGCCUCCUCCGCCCCCCAUCAUUCCUGGAACGCAAUGCGGGCCUCAGAGCCAGGGGAAUAUGAGCUGUCCGCUGAAUGCCUGCUGCAGCGCCUUCGGGUUCUGUGGACUGACAGAUCAGUUCUGCACCACCACCGGUCCGAACCCAUGUCUGCUGAACUGCGGGCAGCCGACGGUCCCCAGUUGCUCGGGGUCACAGCUGAAGCGCAAGAUCGGGUACUAUGCCGGCUGGGGCGACUUCCGCACGUGCGGGACGAACGUUGCGCCGGACCAGAUCAACUGGUCUGGGUUUACCGGCGCGCACUACGCAUUUGCGACGAUAUCGCAGAGUUUCCAGAUCCAACUUGCCAGUCGGGAUACGCCCCUUCUUCAACAAUUGGUCGCGCAGAAGGCGGUGUACCCGAAUCUUCAAGUGAUCAUCGCGGUCGGGGGAUGGGAUUUCUCUGAAUCGCAGCCCACGCGAGACUUGUUUUCUGUGAUGAUCUCCACCUCCGCUAACCGCGCUACUUUUAUUUCCUCGGUUCAAAGCAUGCUUAGCACGUUCAAGCUGGAUGGAAUCGAUACCCCUAACCUCACCUCCUUCUUCCAAGAAUUACGGAAAGCGCUUCCCACGCAGAUCAUCUCCUGUGCCACACCUGCCGGCUUCUGGUUCUUGAAAGGGUUCGAGAUCGACAAGAUUGCCAAGAGCGUCAGCUACCUCAACAUGAUGUCCUACGACUACCACGGGCCGUGGGACACCAGUGUGACGGAUCAGGCACCCGUAUCGAAUCCGCAGACAUCGAUCCUGGACAUGAAGGACAGCGUUUCGCUAUACCUCCGCGCCGGAAUCGACCUCGGCGUCGUGAACCUUGGACUGGCGUACUACGGCCGCAGCUACAACCUCGCCGAUCCGAACUGCAAGGGCUACAACUGUACCAUGACUGGCGGCGGGUUCCCGGGCCCAUGCACGGCGACGCCGGGCAUCCUCUCCCAGUUCGAGAUCGAUGAUCUGAUCGGAACGGGGAUCGUGCCCACCCUGGACUCGUCGACGCAGACGUACUGGUUCGACGAUAAGGGGUCUUUGAUUACGUUCGAUCAGGCAGAUACCUUUGCGAAGAAGAUCACGUUCGCUGGCAACACGUGCUUUGGAGGAACUUUCAUCUGGUCGCUUGACCAGGUCUUGUCGAAUCCGGGCGCUGGAGGCGGAGAAGCUGGCAGCACGGGUGGGUCUGGAAGCGGCUCGGGCUCGGGCUCUGGGGCGGGAUUGUGGACAACUAUCCAAUGGAAUCCCAAUCCGUUCCCGUCCCCCGGAGCCCGCUCCGAAACAUUCGUUCAAUCCGCGGGCGUGCAAACCUCGACUGUCACUUCCGUCGUCUCCCGCAGCACCUUCACCACUUCGAGAACGAUCGUCAUCCCCGCGUUUACGACCACGAGUACCAUCUUCACCGCCAUCUCCGGCACGCUGCGCACGAUCACGAGCACAUCCGUCGUGGCAGCCUCGACCUCGACCGCGACGAUCACCGCUACCACGGGCUCUACGGUGACCUCGCUGUCGGUGGUAACGAAGACGCUGACGACCGUGAUCGUGCCGGUCCCGACGGUGACCAGCACGGUCACCGUGGAGGGCGUCCCGAUCACUCUGAACUCGGGCGGAACACCUAUCAACUCGCCCGUGCCAACAGGCAUCUCACAGCCGAGCGCGAUCACGCCGACAUUCACAAACAACAUCUCGCCCACCCCGAACGCGACGGUCAUCGUGUACACUGCACCGCUGACGUCCACCCCGACCUGGUCCUCGACGAUCACCAUCCCACCGAAGAGCACCUCCCCGCCCGUGGUCGUCACCGGGCCGCCGGGCGACCGCUCGCGCCCCGGUUGCGGCGGCGGGAACGGCAUUUGGUCCAUCCUAUUCGGCGGCAUUAUCAGCGGCUGCCCACCCGCGGACGUCGGCAUCAUCGGCGGUAUCACGCCCGUGGUCCUCCCGCCGCCGAACUGGGUCGGGCCGUGGACGAAUCCAUUCAGCAUCCCGACGCCGAACAGCAACCCCGAGAACACGCAGUCGACGAGCACCACGAGUACGACUUCGAGCUCGAGCUCGACGUCGAAUGCGGCGUGCCCUACGAGAACGGCGGGCUAUAGUUUGCCGGACGACCCGGCGAAUGCGGAUUGGUCGGGGCUGGGCUCGGACCCGGAUGCGCGGCGGAGGGCGGUGCAGGCGCGGCAUCCUCAGCGGGCUAAGAAGAGCGCGGCGGUGCCGGUUGUUGAAGAGCGAGUGGAGAGGAAUCAAUCUGAGAUCCUGCGCAGGGCUGGUCGAACGGCCAACAUCCCGCCUUGCCAUAUCACGCUCACUUCUCCGAACUCGGUCAAUCUGGGCGCCGGCCGGUAUCUCUUCGUUCAGCUCGACGCAGGGGGUUACACGAGCACCAAUUUGCUCUCAACGAAUGUGAACGCCAAGCCGAACAAUCCGCUUCAAGCGCCGUCGACCAACCAGGAGCACGUGUUUGAGAUUGGGAUUACUAACGACGUGAUAAACUACGUCCGUGUGGGUGGUGGAAUGCUUGGGCCAGCCAUCCUCGCGGCCAUAGAUAACACCGCUAACAUGGUUUGGGUCGAUAAACCGUUGAAUCAAGCGAAAUCCAACGUUGUAAACAAUAACAUGGCGACCGCGGCAAAUCCACCACAGGCAGGAAGCGUUGCAGCGAUCAUCAACUUCCAGGACAGUGCGGGGGAUAUAUACGACGUCGAAACCUUCCUGCGCAACUUCGCCGCCCUCGGAGACUAUUUCGCGCAGACUAGCGGCAUCUUCAGCGCCACGGCGGCUCAAUUCCAGCAAUUACUCAGCGAGGUGACGCCUAGUGUGGUGAUCGACAACAGCAACAGUCUGCCAGUCCUCUUCCGGAACUGGCUGACCAGCGUCAUCUCCGCUUAUCCCAACGGCUGCACGUCACGCGCGGUGAAUGGGUGGAACUUUUAUCGCGCGGAGAUGCAAUCUGUGGCGGCGCUGACGAACAAUGGUGUCGUGCCGAACUGUUUCCCUUUGUACACAUCGAAUCAGUAUAACCCAUCGAGCUUCAACUACCUGAACUUGCUGCCCGCUGCGCCUCGGUUGCCCUCCUGCAACGUUCCUGGUACGUUGGGCAACCCGCAGCGCAUCAUGGGCGCUGGAAAUCUGGACUUCUACGCGGUGGGCUCCGGCACCUCUCUCACCGACACGCACUACUUCGCAAUCGACGCCUCCUCCAUUGGCGGCCAGUGCACCAACGUCGUCGCGAUGCUCGACACGCUCCCCGGCACGCAAGGCUCGCUUGGCACCGCCAACAUCGACCUGCAGUGCGGCACGGCCACGGGCAAGCAGCGUGUCGACUUCAACUUCGUGCUGAACGGCCAGACGCUCGGGUGCGCGGCGCUCGUGUCAGGGCACCCCGGGGGCACGACGACGUCGGUGUUCUGUGCGGCGAACCAGGGCGCGGCGUUGGCGUGUGCGGGGCAGGGCGCGUUUCCGAUACAGAUGAUGUGGUUCCCGAAUUGAGGGUCCGGCGUUGAUGAGAAUGAUUAAUAGCCUGAUAUGUUGUGUCUCCGCGAAUGUUAUAUAUAUGUAUGAUACAACGAACUGAACUUCACUGCAACGAUGAGCUGGCUUCUUUU